AUGACGUCGUAUCUGCCCUUCACGCAGUCGAAUCCACUCCGUACAAAGCGGAAAAUGUCGGGUCCUGUUGGUUCCUGGACGCCAUUGGACACGAACGACCCGGUCCUGUGGCCCGAGAUCGAUGAUAUCAACGGAGACGCUGGAGCAGGCGGUCGGAGUCUGAGCCACUGGUGCGAGUCGGUGGAUUACCGCGAGGUCGCGGGCUUUGCGCUCUUCACGCUCUUCAUCUUGGCCGACGUGGGCCUUGGCGUCAUGGUCUGGGUCACGUUCUUCAAGUUUGUUAUUGAUCCGGACCAGCACCACUCCCGCGCGACGUGGGGAGGCAUUUGGCUGCUCCUUGCGGGCACUUUCUCCUACGUGCGACGUCUUGUGCGCUCUCGAGUGGACGCCCAUUUGCGUGGAAUGAUGGACCACACGGAGAUCUUUGUCGCCAUGUCGAUCGCAAUGAUCGUUUCGGUCAACAUUGCUUUCUACCUGCACGAACCGACAACGACGCCACUGAGGGAUUUGGGCUUCAUGCUCAUUCCAGAGCAAAGUCUGCACUCGAAAUGGCGCCCCGUGAGUGACGUCCUCACGGCCGUCGUACCCAUCAUGUUCUUGCUGCAAACAAGUGCAACAGCGCGUCCGAAACGCUGUCGCAUCGUCUCGUCCUUCUUUCGCACGGCGACGGUCUGCUACUUUCUGCGGAUGCUGACGGUUUCCGUAACGUCACUGCCUGGUCCGGCGCCGCACUGUCGCGCUGGUAGUCCGGAUUAUCACCCGCCCACCACGUGGAUCGAUAUUGUCACGAGUGUCGGGCCUAUUUACGGCAAGUAUAACUCAUGCGGGGACCUCAUCUUCUCGGGUCACAUGGCGUACACGAACUCGGCGGUGUUGUUGUAUCUGCGAACAUUUGAUCGCAGCUUCACUAAUCCCACGUUUUCGAAGAUUCGGUGGGCGUGCGGCGUGACGUAUCUUACGAUGUUGGCUGUACUAUGCAUUGCUGGUCGCAAGCACUACACGGUUGAUGUGGUGCUUGGAUUUAUCAUAUCGACGAUGGUGUUUUUCCUCUUUGAGCACAGCUGGGUACCUUUGUGCUUCCAGGUACCACAUGGACUACUGCCGCUGGGUGACAUGCCGCGGGUAUACAGCUCGCAGUUGCGGAAGCGUUUCAGUAUGGAUGUGACAGACGAGCUGCUGAACGAGCUGGACGACGGUGAGGGAGACGGGGAGUCUCGGCGACUACUCAAAGCGAACGCGUCAACAUAUAACCAGGUGCAGCUUGUUUGCUGA